CCGUCGAACAAUAUAUAUAUCACUUGUACAUACAUACAGGUAAGUAGGGGAGAAAUAAACAAAGAAGAGUUGUCACAACCAUCCUGCAGAUUUGAAGCAUUUUGGUGGCAGCUCUUGUGAAGCAGGCGGACAUACGUCGAGAAGACUGAGACUUUGAGUCAGUGACGCUGAGCUGCACAACAAGCCUCUCCUUCAGCUUGCUUUACACAAUCCUCAGUUUGUAUCCGUACGAACUGCAUUUUUUUUUCUUGCGUCCUCCAGGCACAGCGAACCGCCAUGAACUGUGGUGGAAGCAGGUACUAAGGCAAAAUAGAAGAGAUGCUGAUGUUUGAGAUGCUCCAUCACCUCCUCCUGGCUUGGAUCUGUCUCUGUGUCUAUGGAAACCCUGUCCGCCUAUCAGACUUUAGCCCUAAGCAGGACAGCAACUGUGACGGGCAGUGUGCCAGCUCAGUAACAACUGUCUGGUCAACGCACACCACAGAUGCAAAGCCUGAACCCUCAGAUACUGAACAUGUGACUGGCCUAAUACUGAAUGUAGAUACAGGAGGAGGGGCUGGCCCGCAUGGGCGACCUGAGGGGACAGCUCCAGUGACGCAUACGGCAAACGGGGACAGCAUUGAUGGAAGAUCUGGGCCGAGUGAGGCUGCCGAAGAAGUAAGGAACCAAAGGAGCAAAGUAAAGAAGGUCGGGAGCACAUCUGAGAUGGGAGACGUGCAAAGACAGUGGGAGGCAGCUUCAGUGCUGCCUGUUGAUCCAGACAGAUCUGUCACCAGUGAGCCUAUUUUAAGUCCUACAGGUGGGAGGAAGCAGUUGGACGUAGCUGUGAGAACUACAAGGUUGCCUCCAGGUGGAUUUUUAGACUCCUCCACAGCAUCACCACAAAUGAGCAUCACAGCCAGGAAGAGCAAAGGCCAAAGUGGGGAGGAUCAAAGAAAACUACCUGGUUAUGGUGAUUCUCUCCAGGAUCAAAACCCAGAAACAAGCUUGCCAUCCGCUACAGAACCUCCAAAUCCUGGAGAAAGGACUCGGAAAAUAACCUCCCACAGCCCCAUCCCUCCCACGAUCUUCGCCUCCCCCCAGACCUCCACACAUGUGUCAAUUUGGGGCCACGAUGGAGCUACAGUAUCCUCCCUCCCAGACCCAGUGUUACCUGAAAUGGGACCAAACCUGACACCCAGAGAGGAAGGACCAGAAAGCCUAUGGACUGAGGCAGCAAGGCCUGGUGGAGUGGACACUGUGGUCCCACUGUCCCAGGAUGAAGCCACAGAGGGCACCAUGUCAUCAGAAGCUCUUCCUCUCAUUUUUGAACCUUUUGAAGAUGUCAGCCCUGAGGGGUCACCAGCCGAAGCGGAGGCAGAGGUUACGAUGGUGCCAGGCAGCUCUCAGCCUCCUGCUGCCAUGCCUCUGUCAGAGUUGGACCUGGACCAGCUGGACACCGUGGAGACAGAUAGUGACGGUCCCUCGCAUGUCCCACCUCUGCUGAUGCCAGACUGGACGUCACCUUGGCAGACGUCUGGUGCUGAGCUGCUGGAGCCAAUCAGCUCCUUGGGUCCGUCUGUUUCACCACAGCAAGCCGUAACUGAGCCGGAAGACCAUUCUGAGACGGGUGCUGUAGGGACACUGAAGCUCGAGGAGAACUUGCCCACCACUGGUCCAUCCUCCUCAUCCUACCAGCAGGCUGUAACAACAGUAACAAAGGCAAACCAUCAGUCACUGCACAAAUCCAGAUCAGGGUUAGAGGAGAUGGAGUCUGAGGAGGAGCCAGAUGAAGAUGAGGACGAUGAGAACUCUGAGGAAUCAGUCGAGGAUGAGAGCGAUGAAGACCUAACAGAAACACCUACAACAUCCUCAACGCAGCCUCCAUACAGCCUCAUUCCUCCACCUCCCGUCUGGGUCCAACGCAACCAGGGGCUGAUGCGAAGCUGGGUGGAGCUGAUUAGAGAAAAGGCCGGUUAUGUGUCUGGGAUGUUGGCCCCUGUGGGCAUUGGCAUCACUGGGGCUCUGUUUAUCGUCGGCGCCCUCUACAGCAUCAGGAUGAUUCACCGCAAAAGGAGGAACAGCUUCAAACACCAGAGGAGGAAGGUCAGACAGCCAGAGCAACCUCGAGAGCCUGGAACCAACCGUCAAGACCAGGCCAUGCUGCUGGCUGACAGCUCGGAGGAUGAGUUCUGAUGAGACCCUUUGGGGCUCCUUUUGUCAGUGACCAAUGGCUGAUGCUCCUGUAAAGGAGGCUCUGUGAACAACCCCAUCGCUAUGACUACCACAUCUCCAAUCACCCUGGGCUGUUUGGCUAUGACUCAUCUGAUCCAUAGAGUAUGACAAAGUAAAGGGCACAAUUUGCACAGGCUGGACUAAGGUCAGCUUUGUAUUCCCCCCCCGCCUUUCUAAAAGUACCAAUGUGAGCACUUUCCUAAAUGUUGUCAGGUGGUGGUGACUGUAAUGGCUUGGCAGGACUGGUGCGAUGAAAUAAAAAAUAAUAUUGUUGCUUGUAAUGACAACAUUAGCAGAGCACUGGCAAGGAUGAAAGUGUUGCUGGUAAUUUGAAGUUUCACCUUUGUGGGGUGGGGAGAGGGACCAGCUGGUUUCCUGUCAAGUAAUACAAAAGGGCUGUUGGAGAGUAACAUUAACAAUGUAAAUAUGUGUACUGUAUGUAACUGACUUUGAUCAGUUGUGUUAGUGUAAAUAGCAUUUUAUUUCACACAUGUAGGUUAUUUAAAAGGAAUUGUUUAACAUUUUGGGAAACUGAUUCACUUUCUUGUUGCGAAGUAGAUCAGCCCAAUUAAAAUCUUUUAAUCAUUUAAUCUGUAUGACAAAUGAAACUUAGAAAUGACAAUUCAUGUGCCAAACUACUGGGUGAGGGCAGCGACCUAAUGGGGUCUCGCUGUAACCUUACAGCUGCUAAAUGCUAAACAAGAUAUGCCGUAAUGUGUUAAUUAGUGUGUUUUAGAGGUACUGGUUACCAGAUUUUGUUACAUUUGGACAGAGCUGGGCUGACAGUUUACGGUCUUUAUGCAAAGCUAAGCUAAUGUCUCCUGGUUGUAAUAUCAGCUUCCUUGUUAUCAGACAGAUUCGAGAAUGGUAUCAGUCUUCUCAUGUGACUCCCAGCUGGGAAGUGAAUUAUCACACUUCCCAAAAUGCUUACCUACUCCUUUAAGCAAAAUUUCCACACAUUUCAGAAAACUUAAUGUAUGAUUCAUUUCAACUGAUGCUUCAUUUCAAUGUGAAUUUUGUGAAAAAUAUGUUUUAGCCUAUUCAGAGUUAAUUCGUCUUAAAAGUUAAAGUCAGAUGCACAUAAAAAUACCAUAAUCCUGCAAAUGUAGCAAAAACAGAUUGAUGUGCAAUAUCAUCUCUGGUGCAAAUUCAUUUUUUUUUUUUUUUUUGCCACUUGAAAAUGUUCAACAUUGUGCAAGUCAAUUCAUACACAGACCCCUUACAGAGACUUCUUUCUAAUGACAGAAGUGUUUCAGUUGGCUGGAAAAGCACAAACACAGAGUGAAUUUUGUUUAAACCAGUUCAUUUUGUGCAACAGUGAUUUUUAUGUGUUAAUCUGGUUUAGACAGAUAAACAUUUUGGCCCACACAACUCAAGGAUGUCACACUGCUGAGAUGCAGUGAGGCGAGUCAGAUGACGUCCUUACAUUUUUAGAGAAAAUAAGAGGAAUCAUUUAAUAAAAACUUGUCUGUUGUAGUUCAGAGAAGACUGAAAAGACAAAAAAAGACCUCGUUCGUAAGACCGCUGACAAUAACACAAGAACUUAUCAUUGUGUUUCAAGAAAACAGGUCUAUUUAAUUUAUCUUCAUGAGCCAUCUGAUAUGCUUAAUGUACAACUAGCUGUUUAUAUGCAAUAAUACUGUUUAGGGUAACUGUGAUUAAAAAAUAGUGGACACUUUUUUGUCUCUUUCUGUAGAUAUGAAAAAUUGUGAUGAAAUAAACAGUUCUUUUAGAUGUCUAAUUGUGACUCUGUUAUCAUACAGUUUAAGUGUAAUUAUGUUGUAAAUUAAAAGCACCACACACAGCAGACAAGAUAACACA